CCUCGCAUCGCACCCUCGCGGGCCGCCUUCUCUUCUCCAGCGUCCGAUCUCCCACUCGCCUCCCUCACCGCAGCUCUCUCUGCUCGGUCGCUUCGCCCCCCCUCCGCCCUCUCCCCUGCGCGCGCGCUCGCCACCUCGCUCUCCCCUCCCUCCACGUCGCCCGUGCCCGCGCUUAUAUAAGUGCAGGAGGAGCUCAUGGCGGACGCUCCGGCGAGCCCUGGGGGCGGCGGCGGGAGCCACGAGAGCGGGAGCCCCAGGGGCGGCGGAGGUGGAGGCGGUGGCAGCGUCAGGGAGCAGGACAGGUUCCUGCCCAUCGCCAACAUCAGUCGCAUCAUGAAGAAGGCCAUCCCGGCUAACGGGAAGAUCGCCAAGGACGCCAAGGAGACCGUGCAGGAGUGCGUCUCAGAGUUCAUCUCCUUCAUCACUAGCGAAGCGAGUGACAAGUGCCAGAGGGAGAAGCGGAAGACCAUCAACGGCGACGACCUGCUGUGGGCCAUGGCCACAUUGGGGUUUGAGGACUACAUUGAACCACUCAAGGUGUACCUGCAGAAGUACAGAGAGAUGGAGGGUGAUAGUAAGUUAACUGCAAAAACCGGUGAUGGCUCAAUUAAAAAGGAUGCCCUUGGUCAUGUGGGAGGAAGUAGCUCAGCUGCACAAGGGAUGGGCCAACAAGGAGCAUACAACCAAGGAAUGGGUUAUAUGCAACCUCAGUACCAUAAUGGGGAUAUCUCAAACUAAUGAAGAUCUGGACCUUUUCUGCGACAGCUGCUCUUCCCUGAGGUGCAUAUUUGGUCAUAGUUAUUUACUGAGACACCUUGCGGUGACCAUUAAAGAGUAACCAGUCACCCCCGGUAGGUCCAAGAACUGAUGAAGGUCCAAGAACUGAUGAGGCAGCUUUGCUAGGUGUAAAUUGCUUCCCUGGGAAUAGUUUCGGUUGUGAGCUAGCGCCGUUGUUGUAUGUAUAUUAUUAAGAAUAACUUUAUGAUUGGUCUUUUGACUGUCAUUCAGAUACCUGUAUUUGUAUUGGGAGGCAUAAAAUUUGUGUAAUUUGUGUUAAGACUAGGUAUUGAACUAUGAGAAGAGCUGCUUUAGUUGUAACCAUCUUUGGAUGCCCGUGUAAUAGGAAAAAGAAAGAUCGUGGGCGUGCACAACAUAUUUACUGUAGGC